UUUUGUUUGGCUGCAAUGGCGAUUGGGUUGGACUGGGAGUCUGGGAUUGACUUCACAAUUCACAUUUAAGAAGAUACAAAAUAGAAGCUUUAUUUUAAUCCGAUCUCUCUGUAUGGUUCCAAUUUUAUCGGAUGUCUCCGAAGCUUACUACAUACGUGAAUCCGAUAUCUAACAUAACAAGUCUUCCCAAUGCAAUGCAACCACACCUCUCUUUUCCUCUCGCAUUCUGCCUCUCCCUUGGCUUUAAAACCCUAAUCUACCUCCACUUCGAACCCAAUUCGUGGAUUUUACAGGCUUGGAAUUGCGAGGGUUUUUGUAGCGGAGGAUCGACAAUGUCAAUGUUCAAAAAGCUUUUCAGGAAACCUAAGCAGGGAACUAAUGUUUCAACUACGUUAGACGUGUUAAACGAGACUCUGGUAAUGCUAGAGAAGAGCGAGAAAGUACUUCUGACAAAAGUUGCUGAAGAGCUUGAAAAGGCUAAACAGUUUUCCGCAUUAAAGGGCAGAAGAGGGGCUUUGCGGUGUUUGAAGAGGAAAAAGUUAUAUGAACAACAAAUAGAACAACUUGGGAAUUCUCAACUACGCAUUCAUGAUCAGAUGAUAAUGUUUGAAGGUGCAAAGGCUACAACAGAGACUGUGAGUGCAUUGAGAACUGGCGCAGCUGCAAUGAAGGCAAUGCAGAAAGCAACGAAUAUAAAUGAUGUAGACAAGACCAUGGAUGAGAUUAACGAGCAAAGUGACAACAUGAAACAGAUUCAAGAAGCAUUGGCUGCUCCAAUUGGCGCAGCAGCUGAUUUUGACGAGGACGAGCUGGAAGCGGAACUUGAGGACCUCGAAGGUGCUGAAUUGGAGGAACAGCUUCUUCAGCCUGUGCCAAAAGCUCCUGCUGCAGCAGCAGUGCAAGUCCCAGCAGGCCGUCAGCCGGCUCCACGAAAGUGUAAUGCUGAGGAAGAAGAUGAACUAGCUGCCUUACAGGCUGAGAUGGCUCUAUAAACAGAUUUUUUUCACUCUUCCUGGCACCCUGAUUUUGCGUUUUUGCAACACUAAUCACUUGUCUAAGUUUUGACCCGUCUUAUAUUAGGCCUAGUAAGCACUUCAAUAUCCUUUUUCCACCCUUGUAAAGAUUGAGAU